AGCCAGCAAACAGAUUGUGGAAUAGCAGUUUUAAAUAAGGAAAUGGUGCAGCUGUCCAACUACCUGAAGGAAGCCCUGCACCGCGAGCUGCUGCUCAAGCAGAAGAUGGUCCUUUUGCAGGAGCUUUUCUCCACGUUGCUGCAAGCGUCAGAAAAAUCCUGGCAGGGUCAGCUGAAUGAAGAUAAACUGAAGUGUAAACUAAGAGCACUUGAAAAUCAGCUGCAGGCCUGUACCCAGAGUUACUCAAAGGAGUGUGUGAAGAAGAUCCUGAUAGAGAUGGAGGACCAGAAGCAGACCUAUGAGCAGAAGGCAAAAGAGGCUCUUCAGAAGAUGCUGGAGGACAAACUCCAAACAGAGCAGCAGCUGCAAAACUCUCAAAGGAGCCUGGCAGCAACGAGAGAGGACCUCACCUUCUGGAAAGAGCACUACACCACACUCAAAGACGAGAUGACCAAGUUGACCGCGGCGCACACCGAGCUCGAGAACAGCUUCCAUGUUUUGCAAAGCAAACUGCAGCAAGCAGACGCGCAGAACGAGCAGCUCCAGCAGGCCCUGCGCAGCCUGCGGAACGAGCACGCCGCGCUCCACCGGCAAGCCAGCGCCUUGCGGGAGGACAACGACCUGAAGGCAGAGCACAUCAGCGCCAUCGAAGAUAAAUUGCAAAAAGAACAAAAUCAGAAGGUAACACUGGAGGCAACGAUCAGCUAUUUGCACAACUUGGUACAGAACCAGACCAACGAACAGAAGACCCAGGAGGUGACGGUGCAAAGGAAAGACCAGGUUUUCACCACGCAGACCCCACCUCUCACUCCUGCCAAGGAAAAACAAAACACUCUCUUAGAGCACCCUGAGGAGGAGGAGGAGGGAGAAGAAAGUCUGAAGGAGGAGAUGCAGAAAAGGACAUCCCAGCUUACAGCAAAGGAGAACGAGGUACAUAUGGGCAUACAGGGAGCAGACGUGAAAAUCCCCCGUCACUGCAGUGCUCGAGCACGGGUGAAGCACUGCAGCCGCUGCGGGAGCCCUGCCACUCUGGGUGCGUACAAGAGUGAGGGGAUCCCUCCUGCUAACGGCCCCUCGCUCUGCUUGCAGUGCACGGAGCUGCGCUCGGAGCUGGAGGCCCUGAGCGAGGAGUACCACUCCUGCCUGACCAGGCUGCGCCAGUGCCGGGAGGAGCUCAACCACUUCCAGGACAAGCAGGCAAAGAGACAGCGCAGUCACUGGGUCCCUCUCCUGGUGGCAGUGAUAGCAAUGGCCAUAGCCACCUUCCUCACAAGUUACAGACCAUGA